UGAUUCUCUGGUGGACUCUCUCCACCGACAACUCUAUGGUUCCUGGGAGGUCUGGGAGUCCGAGUUUCAAAACCGUGGCGGGAACAUGGCUGCGCCCGCUGUCUUCAGGCCCGGCUUCUCCCGAGUGGGAGGGCGGUGGGACGGCGGUCUGCCCUGAACGCCCCAGAAGAAGAAGAAAAGGAUCGCCAUGAACCUCCUGCGCCAGAGUGGGAAGCGGCGGCGUUCCGUCUCGGACUCAGACUCGUUCUCGGCCAGCGGCGAUGACAGCCCCGCCAGCGCCCGGCUCCUCGCGGGGCCCGUGCUGAGCCCGCCUCCCGGCCUCGGACGCAGCCUGCAGGACCGCGGGGGCCGUGGGCGAGGCGCAUGCGGACAGACACUUCCUGAUGAUGAAAUUGACAAGCUGCUGCUGGCCAACUGGGGGCUCCCUAAGGCGGUUUUGGAAAAAUAUGACAGUUUUGGUGUAAAAAAGAUGUUUGAAUGGCAGGCAGAGUGCCUUUUGCUUGGACAAGUCCUGGAAGGAAAGAAUUUAGUUUAUUCAGCGCCUACAAGUGCCGGGAAGACGCUUGUUGCAGAAUUACUUAUCUUGAAGCGGGUUUUAGAAACGCAGAAGAAAGCUUUAUUCAUUCUUCCCUUUGUUUCUGUGGCUAAAGAGAAGAAAUACUAUCUACAGAGUCUGUUUCAGGAAAUAGGAAUAAAGGUGGAUGGUUAUAUGGGCAGUAGCUCUCCAUCAGUGCGCUUUUCUUCCGUGGAUAUUGCUGUUUGCACAAUUGAGAGAGCCAAUGGUCUGAUCAAUCGUCUCAUAGAGGAAAAUAAGCUGGAUCUGUUAGGAAUGGUGGUCGUGGACGAGUUGCAUAUGCUGGGAGACUCUCAUCGAGGGUAUCUGCUGGAACUUCUGUUGACCAAGAUCUGUUACAUUACACGGAAAUCAGCCUCCUGCCGGUCGGAUUUAGCCAGCCCUCUGUCUAAUGCUGUGCAGAUUGUGGGCAUGAGUGCCACUCUUCCUAACCUGCAGCUUGUGGCUUCGUGGCUCAAUGCUGAGCUCUACCACACUGAUUUCCGGCCUGUACCACUUCUGGAGUCAAUAAAAAUUGGAAAUGCCAUAUAUGACUCUUCAAUGAAGCUUGUGAGAGAAUUUCAGCCCCUGCUACAAGUGAGGGGAGAUGAGGACCAUGUUGUUAGUUUAUGUUAUGAGACUGUUCGUGAUAACCACUCAGUGUUACUUUUCUGCCCAUCAAAAAAAUGGUGUGAAAAGUUGGCUGAUGUCAUUGCCCGAGAGUUUUAUAAUCUCCACCGUCAAGCGGAGGGAUUGGUAAAACCACCUGAAUUUCCACCAGUGAUUCUGGAACAGAAGGGACUCCUGGAAGUGAUAGACCAGUUGAAACGUUUGCCUUCAGGACUGGACUCUGUGUUACGAAAAACUGUACCAUGGGGAGUGGCAUUUCAUCAUGCAGGCCUUACUUUUGAGGAGAGGGAUGUCAUUGAAGGAGCCUUCCGUCAAGGGCUCAUUCGAGUGUUGGCAGCAACUUCUACUUUGUCUUCUGGGGUGAAUUUGCCUGCACGUCGUGUGAUUAUUCGGACUCCUGUUUUUAGUGGUCGAACUCUAGAUGUUCUUACUUACAAGCAGAUGGUUGGUCGUGCUGGCAGGAAGGGUGUAGACACAAUAGGUGAGAGUAUCUUAGUUUGUAAGAACUCUGAGAAAUCAAAAGGAAUAGCUCUACUUCAAGGAUCUCUAAAACCUGUUCGUAGCUGUCUGGGAAAACAAGAAGGAGAAGAAGUAACUGCCAGUAUGGUUCGAGCUAUUCUGGAGAUAAUAGUUGGCAAAGUGGCAAGUACAUCACAAGAUAUGCAGACUUAUGCGUCUUGUACAUUUUUGGCUGCAAGCAUGAAAGAAGGAAAGCAGGAAAUUCAGGGAAAUCAACCUUCUGGCGAGCUUGGAGCAAUUGAGGCCUGUGUGAUAUGGCUCCUCGAAAAUGAGUUCAUCCAGAUUACAGAAACCGGUGAUGGAACAGAAGGAAAGGUAUAUCAUCCAACACAUCUAGGUUCAGCUACUCUUUCUUCUUCACUUUCUCCAACUGAUACCUUAGAUAUUUUUGCUGACCUCCAAAGAGCAAUGAAGGGCUUUGUUUUAGAAAAUGACCUUCAUAUUGUUUAUUUGGUAACACCCAUGUUUGAGGAUUGGACUACUAUUGAUUGGUAUCGAUUUUUCUGUUUUUGGGAGAAGUUGCCAACUUCUAUGAAAAGGGUGGCAGAGCUAGUAGGAGUUGAAGAAGCGUUCUUGGCUCGCUGUGUGAAAGGAAAAGUAAUAGCCAGAACGGAGAGACAGCACCGACAAAUGGCCAUCCAUAAAAGGUUUUUCACAAGUCUUGUGUUAUUGGAUUUAAUCAGUGAAGUUCCCUUAAAGGAAAUUAACCAGAAAUAUGGAUGCAGUCGUGGACAGAUUCAGUCCUUGCAGCAGUCAGCUGCUGUUUAUGCAGGGAUGAUUACAGUAUUUUCCAACCGCCUGGGUUGGUACAACAUGGAGCUUCUACUCUCCCAAUUUCAGAAGCGUCUUGCUUUUGGCAUCCAGAGGGAGCUGUGUGACCUGGUCCGGGUAUCCUUACUUAAUGCUCAGAGAGCCAGGUUUCUCUAUGCUUCUGGCUUUGUCACGGUGGCAGAUCUUGCUAGAGCCACUGUUACCGAGGUGGAGGUGGCUCUGAAAAAUGCUGCACCUUUUAAAAGCACCCGAAAGGCAGUGGAUGAGGAAGAGGAGGCAGUCGAAGAACGGCGGAGUUUGCGAACUAUGUGGGUGUCUGGAAGAAAGGGAUUAACUGAAAGGGAAGCAGCAGCCCUUAUAGUGGAAGAAGCUAAAGUGAUUCUUCAGCAGGACCUAGUUGAAAUGGGAGUGCAGUGGGAGCCAUAUUCUCCAUUAAGUUCUGAUAUUCGUUUGAUGAACAGUAGUAAGUCAGAUGUAAAAGAACAUACAUCCCAUGCUAAGAGUUUUUGUAAAAAAUUAACAUCAAGAAACAGAAGUAGUACAAGCUUCAGUGAUUCACCAACUAGAGUACACAAUUUGCAUAAAAGUAGAGAUCAAGCAAAUUCCUUUUAUGGUAAGUUGCAGGAUGGGAAUCAAGAACAUGAGAGGCAAUCCGUCUUCAGAGUCAGAAAGCGGGCUUUUUUGGAUAGAGAUAGAGAGAAGUCAGGAAAUCCUUUGUGUGAGGAACAAAUAGGCAACAAGAAAGUUGUUCAGACUUCUUCACCUGACAAAAUUGAGAAGACAUCUGUGUAUUCAGGAAGUUCAGGCAAGAGCACAGCUUUUCGAAUCUUGAAACCUAGAAAGCAGCUAAAACGCUCCAGAAACAGCAGGCCUGUGGAAGACUCUGAGAUGCAGAGAAGUGGUGUGCGAGGACAAACUACGUCCAGUCCUUUUUGUGAAGAUUCAUUCACCUUCAAUGAGAAGAAUAUGGAAUUUAGAAGUCCAGGGUUAUUUCCUGAAAAUCUAUCUUUGGAUGCUAAGGAAAAAUGUAAAAGAAAAUCUUUUCCAUUACAAACAGAGCAGAGUUGCUCAAAAAACAGAACAAUAUCUAGUGGCACUCCUGGGGCAUGUUUUGUCACAGGAUCCCAAAGGAAAAAUGUGACUCAUCAAGAUGCCAUUAAUUUGGUAAGGGAACCUGCAAGGGGAUCAGCUGCUGUUGGGACAGAGGAAGGAAAUGGAGUGCUGAGGCAGAGUCAUCCAGAAAACCAAAAUGGUUGUGGGAAGCACCAUGACACCCUUCCAACUAAGCAGUGUAUGGAAGAGCAUGCUGAUAAGCAGACAAACACUGAUACCAAACACGGAGAUGCACGAGAGAGACACAUGCCCUGCGAGGCAGUCAGUAAUUGGACAGAUAGAGAUUCCAGUGGUGCUGCUACCACGUGUCUGAAUAUGAAGGUUAAUUCUGAGAAGACACCAAGUCAUUUUCUUGCCUCAGGAGAUAAAGGAAGCACAACUGAGAAACCCAGAAGAAUACUUCUGCCAGUUGGAACAUUUGGUAAGAUAGACCAACUGGAGAAUUUUCUGAAUUCCUCCAGAGUGCAAGGAAAAGCUGAUGUUUAUAUAACUAACCAAACUAAAAAUGAUCAUGUUCCCAACUUGGGUUUAAUUCCCUGUGAUUUUGAAGACAGUCUCUACCUCGAUACUCAGUCAGAGAGAAUGAUACAACAGGUGACAACAGAAAAUGCCAUGUUGGCAGCUCAAGGCAACAGUCUGGCCAGACAGAGUUCAGUGACCUCCCCGCAGAAUGAACUGGACACUGCCUUUUCUGGAGAGCAGUGUCCUCCAGGAGCAACUCAGACAGAUCAGUUGGACCUCAAGACCAUCGAGGUUAGGAAGCAAAGCACUGGUGCACAUGGUACUGACAACCAGACUCCAGAAAACCACACUUGUCAUUCUCCAGUACUACUGGAAGAACACAAACCUUGUUUUAAAGGGAAUGAACUCUCUGUUACUGACUCCCAAUUAACUAGUUUUCUUCAAGGUUAUCAAACGCAAGGAACUGUAAAGUCAGUUACAGUCCUGUGUCCUCAGAACUCUCCCAUUGGUGGAGAAGGAGAGAGCCCGCCAACUCCUGAAACAAGUCUAAAUAUGAGUGAUUGUUUACUGUUUGAUAGUUUCAGUGAUGAUGGCUUUAUAAAAGAACAGCCACUGGAGGUUCCAGCAAAAGAAUCCGUUCUCUCUGAUCGAACGUCAGAAAAUUGCAGAGGUUGUGUGAGUCCACAUCAAGAGGACCUCAUUGAAAAAAUGAACAAGAGCGAGAAUCAAGGUACUCAGCAAUGGGCGGCCUGUUUCAGCGAUGAAUCUGUUCUAUUUUCAGAAAUGGAUUCUAGCCAGAUGGUUGAGGCUUUGGACAAUGCAGACGGGUUUUUUGUCUCAGAAAAAGAGAGAGCUGCAGUAUCUCUUAGAACAUUGGAACUGGAUGAUGCAGGUAAGGAUCACUGCCCAAGAGAAGUAACUGAAGAACAAAGUGAAAAAAAUCCCAAGUCCAGGUUGUUUGGGGCCAGGCAAAAUGACUCAUUUUUAUGGUCAGGAGCAUCAUUUGAUUUAAGCCCAGGACUGCAGAGGAUUUUAGAUAAGGUGCCCAGUCCUCUAGAAAAAGAAACUGUGAAAACAAUGACUGUAAAUGUGUCUAGUUUGGAAGGAACAACAAAGCUAAAUGAGAAACAAGAACUGAUUUCACAUCUGGGGACAAGUCAAGUACAGGGAAUUUCCAUUUUUCCUAAUAACGAAGUUGUAAAUACCAAGGGUGAGCCACUGGAGUACAAUGCCCGGCUCAGUGAAGCCUCUUCCCUCUUGCCUGCUAAAGAAGGCUGUGCAGUUGAUGAUAAUGGUCUUGUUCCUCCUACUCCCAUCCCAACAUCUGCUUCCAAGCUUCCAUUGUCAGGGAUUCUUGGAACAUCUGUAAAACUUGAGAAAACACGGAGUGUUGUACCACCAUUUGACUCACCUUCAAAUAUAAACCAUAAGUUAAGUCCUGAACAUAGAAACGGCUCCAAAGACGACAGUCCUGUGAGAGAUACAAGGUUUUCAUUGCAGCUGUCGCAGGAUGAACUACAGUCAACUCAAGACUCCUGCAGUUCAGAAAGCUUCGCCAUAAUUGACGUGGCAAGUGAUCGAACUCUGUUUCAAACAUUCAUUAAUGAAUGGCAGUGCAAAAAGCGAUUCUCCAUCUCAGUGGCUUGUGAAAAGAUGAGACCUUCUAGAUCUGUUGCCAUUGGUGGUAGGUUUAAACAAGUUGAUUCAUCUCCGGAAACCUCUAGUGGAGCUGACGGAUUUCCAGUUCCAGGCUGUGAUGACAUGCUGGUGGUUGGCCUGGCAGUGUGCUGGGGUGGAAGGGAUGCAUAUUAUUUUUCAUUACAAAAGGAACAGAAGAGUUCUGAAAUCAGUGCCAGUUUGGCCCCGCCUUCUCUGGAUCCCAGCCUUUCUGUAAAUGAUAGGAUGGGGCAUCUUCAGUCCUGCCUGCAGAAGGAGUCUGCUGAAGAAUGUUCUGUUAUCAUCUAUGACUUCAUCCAGACCUAUAAAAUUCUUCUCCUGUCCUGUGGCAUCUCCCUAGAACAAAGUUGUGAAGAUCCUAAGGUGGCAUGCUGGCUGCUAGAUCCGGAUUCUAAAGAGCCAACUCUUCAUAGCAUAGUUACCAGUUUUCUUCCUCAUGAGCUUCCACUCCUAGAAGGGAUGGAGACUGGCCGGGGUAUUCAAAGCCUAGGGCUAAAUGUUAGCACCGAGCAUUCUGGGCGGUACCGAGCGUCCCUGGAGUCCAUCCUCACCUUCAACUGUAUGAAUCAACUUAGCUCUUUGUUGCUGAAGGAAAAGCUUCAAGAUAUUUUCUGUAAAGUGGAAAUGCCUUCUCAGUACUGCUUGGCUUUGCUAGAACUAAAUGGAAUCGGCUUUAGUACUACAGAAUGUGAGAGUCAGAAACAUAUAAUGCAAGCCAAGCUGGAUGCGAUUGAGACUGAGGCCUAUCAACUGGCCGGCCAUGGUUUUUCCUUCACCAGCUCAGAUGACAUCGCUGAGGUUUUAUUUUUGGAACUGAAAUUGCCACCAAAUGGAGAUCUGAAAAACCAAGGCAGCAAGAAAACUCUGGGUUCUACCAGGAGAGGGAAUGACAAGGGAUGCAAGCUGAGGCUGGGACGACAGCUCAGCACUAGUAAGGAUGUUUUAAAUAAAUUAAAGGCAUUACAUCCUUUACCAGGCUUGAUAUUAGAAUGGAGAAGAAUCACUAAUGCUAUUACCAAAGUGGUCUUUCCCCUGCAGCGAGAAAAGCGUCUGAAUCCUAUUCUUGGAAUGGAAAGAAUCUAUCCUGUUUCACAAUCCCACACUGCCACAGGACGAAUAUCCUUUACAGAACCAAAUAUUCAGAAUGUUCCGAGGGAUUUUGAGAUCCAAAUGCCAACACUAGUGGGGGAGAGCCCGCCUCCCGCAGGCCAAGGCAGAGGCCUGUUUCCCGAGGGCAGAGUACCAAAUGCGAAUGCAGGUGGCCUGAACCCUAAGCCCUGGGCACCCGUGGAUGACAGAGCCUCAGGCAGAGGCGUGCCGUUCUCAGUGAGCAUGCGACAUGCGUUUGUGCCCUUCCCAGGUGGAUUAAUGUUGGCUGCCGAUUACUCUCAGCUUGAAUUGAGGAUCUUGGCCCAUUUGUCGAAUGAUCUUCGUCUCAUUGAAGUAUUAAACACUGGGGAGGAUGUUUUCAGGAGCAUUGCAGCAGAGUGGCGGAUGAUGGAGCCUGAAUCUGUCGGGGAUGAUCUGCGGCAACAGGCAAAGCAGAUUUGCUACGGAAUCAUUUAUGGAAUGGGAGCUAAAUCUUUGGGAGAGCAGAUGGGCGUUAAAGAAAACGAUGCUGCUUGCUACAUUGACUCCUUCAAAUCCAGAUACACAGGAAUUAACCAUUUCAUGAAAGAGACAGUGAAGAAAUGCAGAAGAGAUGGAUUUGUUCAGACCAUUUUGGGAAGGCGUAGAUAUUUGCCAGGAAUCAAAGACAACAAUCCUUAUCAUAAAGCUCAUGCUGAGCGUCAGGCAAUCAACACAACAGUCCAAGGAUCAGCAGCUGAUAUAGUUAAAAUAGCCACAGUUAACAUUCAGAAGCAACUAGAGACCCUCCGCUCAGCCUUCAAAUCCCACGGUCACCGGGAGGGUAUGAUCCAAAGCAACAAAACAGGACUGCUACCCAAGAGAACACUGCCUGGGAUGUUCUGUCCCGUCCGAGGAGGCUUCUUCAUCCUUCAGCUCCAUGAUGAACUCCUCUAUGAAGUGGCAGAAGAAGAUGUUGUUCAGGUAGCUCAGAUCGUCAAGAAUGAAAUGGAAAAUGCCAUAAAACUUUCUGUGAAACUCAAAGUGAAAGUGAAAAUAGGUUCCAGCUGGGGAGAGCUGAAGGACUUUGAUGUGUGAUUGUGCAUUUGCUCAAGUCCUCUCCCACGUUCCUGACCCAAAAAGAGCAAGUAUUCCUGUUUCAUCUGCAUCUUGAAAACAAACUCUCAGGUCUGGAUGCACUUAGAAUAGAAAUGUGACUGUGUUUCAGAAUGUAUAUUAGGGUCUGUUCUGUGUUGUGCCAAAAACUUUGUGGGAAACAUACCAUGUUUGAUUAUUCUCUCCAAGAAUAUGAAUUUACCUUUUAUAAUUUAUUGUGGCUUUAAACAGAUCCAGAAUGUAUGCUUGAAAUCAUGCACUUAGCACUUUGCAUCCUCAUCUAACUGGACCAAGCAUGAAGAAAACUGCUCUCGGGCAGUUUCAGCCUUGCGUUGUGUUCUGGCACUCAUGUAGACCCCAAGUGGAGCACAAACCCAUUUAUACCACUGGUUAGAUCCUGGGUGUGAUUUCUACCCCCCUCCAGUGUCAACUUCAUUCUACUAUAAUAGGCAAUUCCAUUUUAAAAUACUAAUUAUGAAUUUUGUAAGACUGGGUACGGAUGAAACCUAGGAAUGUAAGUUCAUAAAAUUUGUUCUUCCUUUUCUCUCUCCAUCUCAUACAAUAUAUGUACUUGGAAUAUUAUUAUGCCUUUUCAAAAGGUAUCUUGUUUAAAACCAGAUGGUUUUACGUUUACCAGAUUUGAAAAGCAUCCUAUCAUGCCUCUUUUGUUGGUGGCUAGAUGGAAAUACUCUGGAAGAAGAGA